UGGCUUUCAUCUUCUACGAAACACAAAGAAGUUCUUGUAUAUGCCUUACUGGAUUCGCAAAGCGAUACAACCUUUGUUCUCAGUGAAGUUGCAAAGUUGCUAGAUACAAACCAAGAACCGGUUAAACUAGAACUGUCUACCAUGUCUUCCCAGACUACAGUUGUUCAGUCUAACAGACUGCAAGAUCUUAAAGUUCGUGGUCUUAACUCAAGCAAAGGAAUCACUUUACCUCCUACAUACACACGAGAAUUCAUUCCAGCCAACAAAGCUCACAUUCCAACUAAUGAGACAGCUAAAGCUUGGCCACAUUUAGAACACCUUCAACCAGAAAUCGCACCUUUGCAAGAUUGCGAGGUAGGAUUGUUGAUCGGAUACAACUGCUCACAAGCUCUUCUUCCAAGAGAGAUUGUGUCAGGCAAGGAAGGUGAGCCAUACGCUCAGCGCACUGAUCUUGGUUGGAGUAUAGUUGGACAAACCAAUCCCUGCCUGAACUAUGGAGAUGCGAUUGGUAUUAGUCAUCGUAUUAUUGUCAAGAAGGUCAUCCCAGAGCUUAAGCCCUCUCUAAAGCUUCAGAACAAGGUCCACUAUGUCAAUAGGACAACAGUAAAGGACGUCACCCCUUCGAACGUUAUCAAAGCACUUGAAGGAGACUUCUCUGAAAGAGCCCUUGAUGGCAACCCUGUGCCACAUGAAGAACUUGAAGAGGAGAAAGAUAUCAAAAGGUCUCUCAGGAAAAAGACAGCGCACCUGAAACCAACCAGACUCCAAAAAGACCUCAUGAAACCAUCCCAGAAGGUCCAUGAGGAGCCGAAACCCUCUGAGGACCAGGAAAAAAGGAAACCUCCCAAGGAAGUGUUGGAGAUCCCUCAGAAAAAACAAGUUGACGAAUCUUUGGGAGAAGACAAAGACAUCCAGAAACCUUCUCAAGAAGAUGAAAGUAAACCUUCUGAGAUGAAAGAGGAGAAGAAACCUCCCAAGGAGGAAAAACCUGCACCGAAAGCGGAUGUUUCCAAGAAACCUUUCAGGUUCCUGAGAGUCACCAAAAAGCAAACAGCGCCAGUUCUCAAAAAAGAACACGUCAACGUGACAAAAGAAAAAGUUCCCAAGGUGAAAGCCAAACCAGAACCUUUAGGAAAAGAAAAUGAAGGGCAAAAAAACCUCAGAAAGAAGUUAAAGAACCUUCUAGAAAAGAGAAAGAAGUCAAGAAAGAAGACACAGAGGUCAAAGUAACUUCAAAGGAAGUCACAAAGCCGCAGAAACAAGACAAGGAGGUCAAAGUACCUCCUAAGGAAGCCAAGAAACCUCCAAAGAAACUCAAAGAACUUCCAAGCCACGAGAAGGAAGUCAGGAAACCAAAGAAAGAAGAGAAGUCGGUCAAAGAAGUGACUAAGGAUGAGUUGAAAGUAAAAGAGGACAAGGGUGUCCUUAGCAAACCUCCUAAAGAACAGAAGCUUGAAGAAGCUGAAAAACCAACCAGCGAGAAGCUUCCCAGAAAAAUAAGAACCAUCAAAGAAGCGCAAGAGAAACCACCGAAGGAAGGCAAAGAAGACAAGAGGCGUCCUCGGGAAGAUGUCGACAAAGCUCUCAAAAGGGAACGUCUCAAAGAAGUUGAGAAACCCAUCAAAGAAGCAAACAUGUCUUCAGUGGUCCUUCAAGAAACUAAGAAACCACUUGAAGGUGGUUCCGAAGUCAAAGACAAGAGAACGUCUUUAAAAAGAUUUUUCAAAAUCCAUAAAGAAGUCCCAGAAGCAAAGAAAGUUACCAAAGAUGAGAAAGAAGGCAAAACACCUCCUUAAAAGGUGCUGUUCUUCAGGAGAACUUCCAAAGAAGCUCUCAAAAAGACACACAGAGAACUUAAAAAUGAAACUGAAGUCAAAAAGCCUCCUGAAGAGGAAAAGGAAAUCAAGAAACAUCUUAAAGAGGAUCUUCAGAAACAAGAAACACGAGAUUCCAAGACAACCAUUACAAAGACAGAAGUGGACUGCACACAGAAGGAAUCUGAAGGUAAAUGAUGUAGUGCUUCUAAAAGAGGACAUGGCACCACGUAAUGAAUGGAAGCUAGCCAAAGUCACUGAUAUCUAUCCAGGAACCGACGACAAAGUGUGAGAGGUUCGACUUUUGGUUAGUGAAAGGACAUAUGACAAACACAGUAAACUUGUGACUAAAACAGUCUCAUUAGAACGACCUAUUCAUAAAGUUAUUGUUUUGCUAGAAGCUGACUAAGGGCUUGUGUGUAUUUUCAUGUUCAGUUUGUCAGCCUAAAUGUAAUUCAUAGGAAUCCCACAGCAAGAGUUGUGAGAUUGGUGGGAGUGUUACUGCUAUAUUUCGUUUCUUUUCAUUUUCUGUGUAUUUUCAUUAUUAUUACCGUUGAGUGCCACCAGAGGGCGCUAUAGUGUAAGUGAGCUUUGUAAGAAGAAGUAGAGGUUAAUUUCCUCAGAAGAAGCGAUCUCUCGAGAGAUCGAAAGAUGCGUGACUGAAGCGUGGUCACAAAGCUAACUUGUAAAGAAAGUUAAGAAACAAUAAGAAGAAGAAGACGACUGAAACUAAUUCCUCUCUCGGUACUCAGCCAACGAGGUAUUGUUUGUAUGUUGUAUUUGUCAGAAUCGUUUUAUGUGUUAAAUGUCUUUCUUUUGAGCUAAUUGUUGUUUGUUUGUGCUUUUAGUUUUCACAGUGUGUUUAUGAGUCUGAACAAGCUGGAUUCAAUAAAUUCAUCAGUUGGGAAAGCCACUUGUGUCUGUUGGUACCUGGAGGAGUUACAAA